AAAAAUCAAAGUCGCUCGCUUUUGAUGUUUCGAUUCUACAAGUUGUACUCGUUGUACAUGAACAACAUGUCCAGCGGGCUCACCUGGCCGCGGGAAUGGUGCCUGUGCGAGAAGCUGCCCCGGGCGGUGCUCCACAUCCCGGUGAAUCGUCAUCUGCUCUGCGAGGUGUGCGGAUUGGCCAGGCGGCCACAGGGCGAACACGGUUCCUCCAGCGACGAGGAUGCAUAUCCAGGCCGGAAAUACCAGAGGAAUCUCCUGGCACAACGUCACAACACAGAAGAGCCAAAAAAGGGACAGAUGACUCGGGUGAAGGUGGCCAUCCGGGCAAAGAAACCCAGAGAUCAUCGGAAUUGCCGAUGCGGCAAAUGUGGUGGCUUGGCCAGGGCAGAAGCUGGACAAGAAGGUACCGGUGGACCCGGUGGUCCUGGUGAGGAGAUGAAAAGCAAGUUGUAUUCGGGGCGUCAUGGCUUGUAUUCGAGACCAAAGGGCAUGCUCCGUCGUCAGCAGGAGCCCACAGCCCCGCCUCCUUCCUCGCCAUCUCCACCCUCUUCACCACUGCCACCACGUCCUCCUCCGCCGCCAUCAUCGGGGUCAUCGCGGUCGGAGAUGCCCAGCCUGGUGGCCAGGGCCCAUGACGUCUUCAGCCGGAAAAACCACCUUAACCAGAGCUACAGCCAUUUAUUUGUCAACAACUUCAUCCCCUUGCAGAGUCCCAUUACGGAUACCUUUGGAGGAGCUAUUUCCAAGAGGAGCCUGAACAGCUCUUUGCCGCCACGCAGCCACAGGAGUCGCCCAUUGCCACCCCUCUCCAAAGUGGUGACCAACAUCCUGGCCAGCCCAAAGACACUGGAUGACAGGGAAAAGGGCGGUGGACUAAGUCCACCCAAGUCUAAGGAUUCGCUGGAUACCGUCAGUCAGUUCUGCCCCUUCGAGCACUACGAAGGUCCUUCGGAGGACGCUCUCGUCGUGAGUAGUGCUCGCUGUCUUCUCCACCGACCCAAAUCCCUGUACAUAGAACCACGAAAGGAUUUGCCCAACAAUCGCAUCGAGAACUUGGAUCUAUCAUCUGAACCAUCAAAUGAAAAUCUAUCUGGAAUCUUUUACAUGACGAAUUCAGUACGGAAAAAUUUAAUCAAGACCAUUAAUCAUAUCGGAUUCGAUUGCAGUAGUUCAAGUAAAACUAGUUCCUUAAACAAUCCAAUUUCCAAUCCUCCCAAAGAAGAGCCUGAAAAACAUAAAGAUCUAGCAUCUGAGAGAUCCUCCAUUAUAGCAUCUAUCAUGGAUCAACUUUUCAACUCAAAAAAGAAAAUCUCCGAGGAUGACCAAAUUGAGAAGACUCCGGAACUGGACGAACUUAGUCAGACAAUAAGCAACCAGUCCAGCAAUAAUCCUGAAACGGCUUCUUUGUUAAGCGAUGUGUCAACUGAACAGACUGUAUAUUCUUCAAAUAAAACAAAGCCUUUUCAAGAUUAUUCCAAACUCUUCUCCAAAACACUGAGUGAUUCUAGCUGGGAGCGGGAAUUCUGUAGAAUAGAUGAGUCUUCACCAAAUGCAAGUGGAAGAGAGGUAUAUUCAAGCAACGCUGAAUCCAAAUCAACAUGUUUAAAGUGUGGAAACAUUAGGCAUCAGGAAGGAAAAGAUCCUAAAACAAAAACAGGAUUUAGUAGAAUUCCAAGAAGGCUUGAUGAAUCCUCAAACCGUGAUAAAAACUUAAUCGGUAUAAAAAGAAAUAUAGGAAAUGCAAUAAAGCAAAAACUUAAUAGCGUUAGACCUUUUUCUGGAAAACAAGAACAGAAUCAUGAAAAGGAGUCCUUAAGGAUGGAAGAUCGGGCUGAUAGUAUGAAUAAAAGUACGCCAAAAAUCAUUGCUCGAGAAGCAAUCCCAAAAGGUAUCAAUACAAAAGGUCAAAGAAUUUGUCAGACAUCACAAUCUCCUUGUAAAAUACAUCAUUGUGUCAAACCUAAAAUGCAAAAUAACACAGGUCCACCCGUUAUAACUGUUCAACCACGAAAUAACUCUACCAAUAAACUAGAGGAAUACUUGAAAAAGAAUGUAAGAACUACAGCCAAAGAUGCGAAUUUGAUCAGGACGAGAAUACCGGUAAAUAACUUCAGAGUAUGUAGACAUAAAGAACCUUCGUUUAGCUGGGGUGUGGUGGAAACCUUUGAGAUAAUUUCCCAUAUGUGCCGAGAGAUCCCCAAGCUUCAGGUGGCUACCUUUGUUAGAGAGUUAGUGAAUACCAGCAAAGGUAUUUUGGGAUAUAUCAAGGAAAGUUUGCUUUCGGAUGAACCACCUUUCUCCCUCUAUGAAUUUCGCAUACCUGAUAUUAAUCUUAGCGAUCUACAAGCUUACCGAGAUAGUGAAGAUAAUGCGCAUGAUGAUAGCGGAAGCGAAACACCGAUAGCCCAUUUAGCAACUCCAAAACUACCAGGUCUGUCUUUUCGGCAACGUAGAAAACACAGAAAACCCGUCUGGCCAGCCCAUCCAAUAAAAUACCAAAGUCGCAAGAUCCAGUACGAGGAACUUAAAUUCUCAAUCAACACGCAACAAAAUGGAACCUCUUUGGAACCCAAUGAGAACUUGGUGCAUCACAAAAAAAAGAUGUUUAAAGAGGAGAAAAUAUUUACCAGUGUUUAUGAAGCUCAGAACUUCUCACAGUCUGCUUUUUUCUUUGACAGUAGUCCAGAAAAGGACACCAAGUCGAAACCAAUUCAAUUAAUUAAAACUAAUUUAAGUGAUGGCAAAUCGUCUCAGUCCGAUAUUUUUGAAUCUCAAUCAGAACGCAUGAAAUGGGAUACUUCAGAUGGAGAUUUGGAAAGUUUAAGACCAGAAAAAUCUCUAAAAGUAGAAUCUAAAUUGGAAAUUAAAGACACAAGCGUGGCCGACAAUCCCUUGGAAAUAAAAACUAAGACAAAAGAAGGGAAAGAAAUAACCCAAGAUCUUUUAAAUCAGGCCCCGCAAAACAGUUCCUCAAAAGUGAGCUAUGACAUAAGGAGGAAAAUAGACAAAUCGAUGCAAAUGAAACUAAAAAAAAUGAUGAGUAAACCAAUAAAGCUGCUAAAUUCGAAAGAAGCUGAAUCUGUUGUCAAAUUUUUGGAACCAUAUACCAAUAAAUUAGCUAGUACUGAAGAAAACAAAAGAUUUUCCAAUCCUGAGGCUUUAGAAGGGUAUGAAGUUUUAGGCCCCGCUUCGGAUAAUAAUAACAAGGUUCCUGCCACAGAAACUUUAAAAGAUAUUGGUACUGCCGAAUUGGAAGUAAAAGCCAAACCUUUGGACUGCAUAUCAAGUACAUCAAAAUACAAUUCAAGCAUUCCAAAGCAAAGAGAGGAAGUUGGAAAUGAAGAAGAAAAGGGUACAGCUUCUUCAAAUUGUUCUUGUGAAAAGAGUGAUCUACCCCAAAAACCUCUUCGUCUUAUUACGAACAUGUCCUCGUCAAGCGAGUAUGAGUCAAAAUGCUUUCCUCUGGAAACGAGGGUAGAAAUAGAAACUGAGUCUGAUGCAGGUUCGGAACCCGUUGUGACCCAAAGGACCACUGAGUAUGAAGGACUGCCUAAUCUAAACUGGCAAGUUAUUACCAUGGGCUUACCUAAACAAAACGAACCUGUUGAGGAUGCAUCAGAAUCGAUCGGGGAAGAAGAAUAUGCGUGUCCUAUUCACAAGUGCGGCCAUUCUUUAAAUAUGAAGACAUUUGCUUCCCAUUUUGACCAAUUUCAUCGACACAAGUCGGCAAAAAAUGCUUCACCACAAGAAUAUUGUCACCGGGUAGUAGAGGGAUUACCAAAGCAGUUCUUUUUUGAUGCCGAAUUUCUGACCAAAGGAAAUUCUUUUGUGUCCCUUCUUUUUUACAGCAGUUUGAAAAAAGACCUUCCCCUCAGAUCAGUUCCCAUUCGAGACUAUCCACUGGCCUUAUUAGCCGCUCCUCAAAGGGUAAAUAAUGGACCAACAACUGGCAUUUUCUUCUGGCUGGUGGGUUAUCCCUCAUGUGCGAAGCUUCAAGCCAAGCUCACUGUUUGCGAUCCAUUGGAACACGUUGGUCGAAGCAGGAUUAUAAGGCCACGAGAUAUAUCACAGAGCCAGGACCCAUCACAGUUCCUUACCAACUCUAAAUACAACCUGCUGAUUAAAAUUCCGCAUAAGAAGCAAAGAAAAUUUCAAAUAAGUGUGGUAAUAGAUGAAAAACACUAGUAAUUGUACAUGAUAAACCUAACAAAUUUGUUGUAUGCCUAAAAUGUUCAUCAUUUUAUGGGUUGUCUUGCCAAAAUCCUUUAAUAAGUUCAAAGACGUCUUGUAAGUUGUAUAUUUUUUAAUAAAACGUUCGAGCAAGAACUAAAAAACGCUCAA